CUUCACACUAUGCGGCGCUCAUUGCGAAGCACGCGACAGCCAGUCUCGAUAUUGGCGGAUGAGGCUAAUACACCAGAGCCACCAUCUGUCAUAAAAAAUGAAGAACUGCUACAAACAAAUAGUGCUUCCCGAAAAACUAGGAUUAGGAAGAGGGCCGCCCAGCAUCAGAGUGAUGAAGAAUUCGUUGAAGACAGUCCAGCAGAAGCACCACGUGUCAAGAGGCAAAAGGUAGGAGCGCGGUCUAUUAAAAAGAAUGGAGAUGCUACCGCUCAGUUACAUGCGUGCCUCUUCGGCAAACUGAACAUGGCCCUAAACGCCUCUACAACGGAAAGUGGUGGUAUUAACCACCCUAAUCGUGCCCAUGGACUACGUUAUCACCGUCCUUUACUCCUAGACAGCCGUCAGGCUCGCACAUGUCUGCUCACCUGGUUCGACGGCGUAAGCUCUUCGCGCGAGAUGCCCUGGCGCAAAUCCUGGACGGACCCAAGUACUACUACUCCUAAGGAAGUCGAGCGUCGCGCGUACCAGGUCUGGAUCAGCGAGAUCAUGCUCCAGCAGACGCGCGUUGCUACCGUCGUCGACUACUGGAACCGCUGGAUGAAACGAUGGCCUACGAUCCGGGACUUAGCGGCUGCGGAGCAGGACGAAGUGCUUUCAGCCUGGAGAGGACUCGGAUAUUAUAGUCGCGCUACGAGGAUCCAUGACGCGGCUAGGAUCGUGUGCAAGGAUUCUGGUAUGAAGGGCUUGUUGCCGGCGGAUGUGGGAGAGUUGGUUGCGAAAGUGCCUGGCGUCGGGAGAUACACGGCGGGGGCUAUCUCGGCGAUCGUCUUUGGGAGAGCGGCACCGAUGGUGGAUGGAAAUGUGCUGCGUGUGCUGAGCCGGCAGCUUGGUGUGUUUGGGGAUGUUAAGACGGAUAAGGCGGUUAUUGAGCUGUUGUGGGCGGCGGCUGAUGCCCUAGUUAAGGCUGUUGCGGGAGAUGAUCCAGAAGAUGAGGAUGAUGAUACUACUACUAAGAGAGGGGAAUAUGAGGAAGCGGCACCGAGUAAUAGGCCUGGUCGCUGGGGCCAGGCGUUGAUGGAACUUGGCAGCACGAUAUGCGCACCAAAGCCUAACUGCGCAGUAUGCCCUAUUACAUCGAGCUGUCGCGCGUACGACGAGGGUCUGAGGUUAGCUGCAAAGAGGGGCUUGGUAUCUAAGCCUACGGCGCCGAGCAAUACUACUACUCUUGAUAUUGAAGAUGCCUGCACUCUGUGCAAGCCAUUCAAGGAGUAUACAGAGGAAGACGGCGACGACAACGAACAGAUCUUAAAGACGGAGGAGGUAUUGAAGCAGCAGAAAUCCAAGUCUCGGACACAAACUACGUUACGAUCAUUCGCAUUCACACAAGUCGCGUCCAAACGGAAAAUCGCAUCUAGUUCUAAGGCGCCGCCAUCUCCAGCUCUUAGUAGUGCCGCGGUAGAAGCGGUCGUAAGCCACGCGAGAAAGUUCCCGCUCAAGACGGUUAAGAAAGCCGUGCGCGAGGAGGAGACGUUAGUCUGUGCUAUCCGGCGCAGCGACGGUCGGUAUCUGAUUCAUAAGAGGCCGGAAAAGGGGCUCCUGGCGGGGUUGUGGGAGCUGCCGAGUUAUAUCGUAGAGGAUCCGCGGGGAGGGUCGGGGAAGAGUAGGAAGAGGGAUGCGGAGAAGUUUGUUCAGGGGUUAUCGGGGAAGAGGAAGGGCGGGGUGAAGUAUGUGGUUGAGGGUGAGAGCGAGGAUGAGGAUGGUGAUGAAGAGGGGGGGUCUAGUAAAUGUGAUAGGAUACGGAGCCGGUGGAGCGAUGUUGAGGCUCUUGAUGCGGAGUCGAUGGGGACGGGUAUGCGGAAGUGUUGGGCGUUGGUUAAGGAGGCUGGUUAA